CCUCCAGGGCCCCCUGUGGCUUGGAGCCUCUCUGCCCAUCCUCCUCGGUGAUGGGUGCACCCGGGGUCGCACCCUCUCGCCCCCCUCAGCUGGUAGAGGACGAGGACGUGCGCGGGGUGAUCACCAUGAACGAGGAGUACGAGACUAGAUUCCUGUGCAACACCUCGAAGGAAUGGAAGCAAGCAGGAGUUGAACAGCUACGGCUCAGCACAGUUGACAUGACUGGGGUCCCCACGCUGGCCAAUCUCCACAGAGGAGUCCAGUUCGUUCUCAAGUACCAGUCACUGGGACAGUGUGUCUACGUGCAUUGUAAGGCUGGGCGAUCCAGAAGCGCCACAAUGGUGGCAGCAUACCUUAUUCAGGUGCACAACUGGAGCCCAGAGGAAGCUAUAGAAGCUAUCUCCAAAAUCCGGUCACACAUCUCCAUCAGACCUAACCAGCUGCAAAUCCUCAAAGAGUUUCAGAAGGAGAUCGCUGCAAGGGCAGCGAAGAAUAACUGAUGGCAUCGCUCAUACUGGCAUAUCAAGAAUAUGAAGGCUGUGGAUGACGAAAAACUUGGCUCUUCCCAAGUGAAAAGUUUAAAGGACAAGGGGGCUUAAGCUAGGACAACAUCCCAAAUAUGCUGAGUAACAGAUAAUGUGCCUCCUCUGCCUUCCCUCCCUGAAAUAACACUGUUGGAUGGCUACAGAGAACAAGAUUGUCUGGCUAAAUCUUAUUUUCUUCAACAGGGUCAAGGAAAUGGUAAUUUUAACAGAAAUCUAUUGUGCAUCUGAUAUUUUGUGUAAUGACACCAUAACAAAGACGUUUAAUGCUAGAAAAGGCAAGAAUAAAUACUCAGAUCUGUUCUUUGUUA